AUGGCUGACAUUGACGUGGAAAAAGUUCUUUCGGAAUUGACUCUUGCCGAGAAAAUCGGUCUCACCGCCGGUGUUGACUUCUGGCACACUUACAAGGUGGAAAGAUUGGGCGUCCCCACCUUGCGUCUUUCGGACGGUCCCAACGGUGUUAGAGGCACCAAGUUUGUGAACGGCGCCCCUUCCGCCUGUUUCCCUUGCGGCACCGGUUUGGCUUCCACUUUCAACAAGGACUUGUUGUACAAGGCCGGUCGUCUCAUGGCAGAUGAGGCCAAGCACAAGAGCGCCCAUGUCAUUUUGGGCCCAACAACGAACAUGCAAAGAGGACCUUUGGGAGGCAGAGGUUUCGAGUCCUUCUCGGAGGACCCUCAUCUUGCCGGUAUGGCGUCGGCGUCCAUUGUCAAGGGAAUGCAAGACAAUGACAUUGCGGCCACCAUCAAGCACUUUGUGUGCAACGACUUGGAGCACGAGAGAAACUCGUCCGACGCCAUUGUCACCGAGAGAGCCUUGAGAGAAAUCUACUUGGAGCCCUUCCGCUUGGCCGUCAAGUAUGCCGACCCCAAGUCCUUUAUGACCGCCUACAACAAGGUGAACGGCGAGCAUGUGUCGCAGUCCCACCGCAUCUUGGAGCAGAUCCUUAGAGAGGAGUGGAACUGGGACGGCUUGGUGAUGUCCGACUGGUAUGGAGCAUACACCGCCAAGGAGUCGCUCACAAACGGCUUGGACUUGGAGAUGCCCGGUCCUUCGGGCAUGCGGACGGUCCAGAACAUCUCGCACAUGGUCAACUCGAGAGAGCUCAACAUCAAGUACUUGGACGAGCGUGUGCGCAAUGUGUUGAAACUUGUCAAGUGGUGUGCCCGCUCAAAGCUUGAAGAGAGAGGCCCAGAGACCACCGAGAACAACACGCCCGAAACAAGAGCGUUGUUGAACAAGAUCGCUUCAGAGCUGGUUGUGCUUUUGAAGAACAACGACAGCGUGCUUCCCCUCAAAAAGGAGGAGUCCAUUGCCGUGAUCGGGCCCAACGCCAAGUUUGCCGCAUACUGCGGUGGAGGUUCGGCGUCUUUGCUCUCCUACUACACCACCACGCCUUACGAUGCCAUCAAGGAGAAGUUGGGACACGAGCCAAAGUACGCCGUGGGCUGCUACGCACACCAGAUGUUGCCUGGGUUCUCUCUCUCGCCAUACACCAAGAACCCAGUUACUGGCAAGAGCGGCGUCAACUGUAAGUUGUACAAUGACGCCCCAGGUACCAAGAACAGAAGGCAGUUUGAUGAAUUUGACAUCACCAUGUCCCCAAUCAUCUUGUUCGACUACAGGCACCCAGCCAUUGUGGACGAGUUGUUCUACAUGGACAUCACUGGAGACCUCACGCCAGAGGAAUCCGGCGAGUACGAAUUCUCCUUGACCGUUUCUGGUACUGCCCAGUUGUUCAUUGACGACAAGUUGGUGAUCGACAACAAGAACUCGCAAACGCUUGGAACCGCCUUCUUCGGAACUGGUACCAUUGAAAUGAAGCAGAAGGUCCCCUUGGACGCAGGAAAGACUUACAACGUGAGAGUGGAGUUUGGCUCCAGCAAGACUUCGAAGCUCAGACCUCUGAGUGUCAUCUCUUUUGGUGGCUGUGUCUCCAUCGGUAUGUGCAAAGUCAUCGACCCUAAGGAGGAGAUCGCCAAAGCUGUCGAGUUGGCCAAGUCUGUCGACAAGGUCGUUUUGCUGAUCGGUUUGAAUGCCGAGUGGGAGUCCGAAGGUUUCGACAGACCAGACAUGGAGUUGCCUCUCCUCACCAACGACUUGGUGGAGGCUGUUUUGGCCGCCAACCCUAACACGGUUGUGGUCAACCAGUCGGGUACCCCAGUGGAGAUGCCAUGGCUCUCCAAGGCGAAUGCUUUGGUGCAUGCGUGGUACGGCGGAUCAGAGGCCGGAAAUGCCAUUGCAAACGUUUUGUUCGGUGACGUCAACCCAAGUGGUAAAUUGUCUUUGUCGUGGCCAUUCAAGAACUCGGACAACCCAGCGUACUUGAACUUCCACACCGAAAGAGGAAGAGUGCUCUACGGUGAGGACAUUUACAUUGGAUACCGUUUCUACGACAAGUUGCAGAGAAGAGUCGCCUUUCCUUUCGGAUACGGUUUGUCCUACACAACGUACAAGUAUUCCGACUUGAACGUCACCGUAAACGAAGAAGACGACAGUUUGACUGCAAGUGUUACCGUCGAGAACACCGGAUCGAAGGACGGCGCCGAGACUGUUCAAUUCUACGUGGCGCCAAAGACUUCUGAAGUUGCAAGACCAGUCAAGGAAUUGAAGGGUUUCGACAAAGUCUUUGUCAAGGCAGGUGAAAAGGCAACGGCCAAGGUGCAGCUCUCUUUGAAGGACUCUGCCUCUUUCUUCGAUGAAUACCACGACAAGUGGAGCCUCGAGAAGGGAACCUACGAGGUGCAAGUCGGAAAGAGUUCCGAUGACGUUGAGUUGAUCCAAGAAUUCAAGGUGAAGGAGAGCAAGUUGUGGAGCGGCUUGUAA